UAAGAAGACAGCAGCUGUCCGUACACAGCCCAGUAAACCUGAUGUAUGAUGUGUUUGACGGCAAAGGGACAGAGACGCCUUUGGUCUUUCUACAUGGCUUAUUCGGCAGCAAAUCCAACUUCCACUCGAUAGCCAAGUCUCUGGUGCAGCGCACCGGGAGAAAGGUGCUGACUGUAGAUGCACGUAACCAUGGAAACAGCCCACACAGCACAGUUUUGACCUAUGAAGCCAUGACCAACGACCUUCAGCAUCUCCUUGGCCAGCUGCACAUAGGAAAAUGCGUUUUAAUUGGUCAUAGCAUGGGAGGCAAGGUGGCCAUGGUGACGGCGCUGCAGCAGCCGAGUCUGGUGGAGCGGCUCGUGGUUGUGGACAUCAGCCCGGCACAGACCACCACGCGAACCAACUUCCAGGCCUACAUCCAGGCCAUGAAAGAAGUGAAGAUAACCAGUGAUAUUCCCCGUUCUACCGCACGCAGGCUGGCAGAGGACCAGCUCCGCGAACUCAUCAAGGAACGGUCCGUCCGACAGUUUCUCCUGACCAACCUUGUGGAGCAAAAUGGCCACUACGCCUGGAGAGUGAACUUGGAAGCCAUUGCUAACCACCUGGAGCACAUCAUGAGUUUCCCUAAUUUCAACACAACAUACGAAGGCCCGACACUAUUUCUGGGAGGAAGCAGCUCUGCUUACAUCAGCUCUGAGGAUUACCCCGAGAUCCAGCGUCUGUUUCCCGCUGCUGAUAUCCAGUACAUCCCUGAUGCUAGUCACUGGAUCCACGCAGACAAGCCUUUGGACUUCAUCAGCUCCAUCAUUUCCUUCCUGCAGUCUUAGCCUCACAUGACGGACCUUGGGAACAAAGUGGUAGCUGGACCAAACGAAUCUUACCAGCACAGCACAACUUAACCCUCUGGCCCUCUGAGUACACAAGAAAGGGUCAUAUAUCUUACGUUAGUGUGUAUUAUCCUUGUCACGUGUUUCAAGGUUAGGUUCUAAUCCAAAGAUUGUUUUACGCAACUAUGUCUGUAAAUAUAUAUAUGUAUAUUUUAAUGGAGCUCUUUUGGACUAGGUGGCAUUGAUCUCUUAACAGUUACUGCAGUCUGAGAGCACAGUGUGUGCGUCAGGUUGCUGUAUAUGCUGUGUAUGGGGAGCAACAGACAGGGUACUGCUCGCUUCAGUUCUGCAUUCCAUAUCCUGGAGGGAGUUCUCAGAUGGACAGCGCAACCUAUGCAACAGAGAGGUUAAACUCAUUACGUCAGAUGUUUUAACAGGCUAAAUAGGCUCUAUAUUCAUAUUAUUACUAUAACUCACAACAAGCUGAUUUUUUUUUUUCCUCAAUAAUGUAAGAGCUGUAUUACAGCUGAUGCCGAAGCUGUGUUCAGUUUGAAUUUUUUUUUACAGUUUUUUCCAACUGGUAGGAGUGGACAUUUGAGGUUAUGUAGAUGCAGUACUGUUUAACGUACACAGUAUAAUUAUAUUAAAAUGUAUUGCUGCCUAUAGAAAUAUGAGCUACGUUGUCAGGUACUGUAUUGGGGGGGAAAAACAUUCAUGAACCAGUCUGUUCUGUCAGUGGUUAUCUGUCAGUUGUGUACAUGUUUGUAAGAUGUUAUUCAGAUGAAAAUAUAUCUAGAUAUUAACUCAUAAAACAUUGCAGUACUUAGUAUUUAUCUUAUAGGCUUAGCAUUUAUCUUCUAAAAGUUUGAUGCCAUUUUUUGCAGACUAAUCCAACAUUUUGUGUAUAUUUUUUCUGUUUAAUAAGAGUUAACAGCUCCUGUUUACAGGGGGAAAAGCAGCUGUUAAAUGAUUCCAAUGUUUUUACAUGUUUCCUUUGUUUAAGGGAAUGGUUUCGAAGUUGUCUUUGUGCCUAUGGAACAGCUCUUGAAAGUUUGCUCACACUGAGUAUAUCUAGUCAACAGUGAUGCAACUGUCGUGUGUGGCGUGCCGAUUCCACUCUGAGGGUGUUACUAAAGCUGCAAAACACAGUUUUCUUGGGGACAGGUUUAGUGUUAGAUUGUACAGAUCCCAGAUCAGGGCUUUGAGACUCCAGUUACCUGUAGCUUCACAGAAGUGGCCUCUUCGUGUAAUGCACUGAGAUCUGUCACACAGAACAUACCAGCUGUUGGGAAGAAUGUUUACAAGGAACUCGUCGUGAUUGUGUUAAUUAAAUAUGACUUUAUUUAACAGUG